CGCGCUCUCUCUGUUAGCGCAUGCGCGUUGACGUCACUUCCUUUUUUACCUCGCGCUCUCCAACAUGGCUCCGAAGAGACAGGUUGCAGGGAAGAAGAACAGGAAGCCGGCCGGCUGGAGGUUCACGCUGGACUGCACGCACCCUGUGGAGGACGGCAUCCUCGACUCAGCCAACUUUGAGACAUUCCUCAGAGAGAAGGUGAAGGUUAACGGCAAAACCGGGAAUCUGGGCAGCGUGGUGCAGAUCGCUCGGCAGAGAAACAAGAUCAGCGUCUCAUCAGAAAAACACUUCUCAAAGAGGUAUCUGAAAUAUCUGACGAAGAAAUACCUGAAGAAGAACAACCUGCGCGACUGGCUGCGCGUUGUUGCAUCUGAUAAAGAGACGUAUGAGCUGCGGUACUUCCAGAUCAGUCAGGACGACGAGUCCGAGACAGAGGAGUGAAGGGGUCGCCUGUUUCUGAGUUUGAUGUUUGCUUGUUAAUAAAUGAGUGAUUUCCUUAAA